GCUCGUGCCCGGCAAUGUAUGUACAAAUCUCCAAAAACUCCAACAAGUUCUCAUUCACAAUUCGUUCCUUACCUUUAAGGAGAACGAAGUAGAACGUUUCAAUAAACAGACUCGUUACUAUAAAAUAAACUUAAAAAUUCAAUAGAAUUCCAAUAAACUAAAAGUGUUGAUUGAUUUAUUUUCAAAAUAUUAUGUAAAAGUUUUACUGGGGUAAUUGUACAUGAAAGUGAUUAUAUUCAAUUUUACCGCUAAUUUUCUUGUAUUGUAUUAAAUAUAGUAUUUGUUUAUAAAUAUUCAAUUAUGGCAAUUGGAAGAGCACCAGAAAGUCCUCCAGUAUCUUUAAGAUCCGGGUUUCCCAUCCGGUAUGUUAUGGCUAUCCUAGGAUCUAUAGGAUUAGCUAUAAUUUAUGGGUUUAAGGUCAAUGUCAGCAUAGCAAUUAUAGCUAUGGUCAAUCAUACAGCAAUAAAACUCCAGAAAAAUCUCAACAAUAGCAGUGAUGCAAUAACUAACAAUAGUGACGAUCACGCUGAUGAUAACAUCCAAGAAGAUGGUCCGUUUGUGUGGGACAAGUACAUGCAGGGAAUUAUUUUGGCUAUUUAUUUUGGGGGAUACUUAGUCUCAUUGAUGCCAGGCGGAAGGAUGUCUGAACGAUUAUCUGCGAAAUGGGUGAUGAAUGGUGCUGUUCUUUUAAACGUUGUAGCAACACUUUUAUCACCGAUAUCAGCAUAUGGACACUUUUGGUUGUUUGUCUUCAUGAGAUUCUUGCAAGGAAUUGGCGGAGGUGUCAGUUUUCCAGCAAUGCAUGUAAUGGUAUCAAAAUGGGCACCACCCGCUGAAAGAAGUAUUUUAGUAUCAAUAAUAUAUGCAGGAACAGCACUAGGAACAGUUAUUGCAACGUUAUUGUCAGGAAUAAUAGCUGCAAGCAUGAGUUGGGAAUGGGUAUUUUACAUUGAAGGAAUUCUUUGUCUCUUCUGGUGUACUGCAUGGUGGAUAAUGAUUGAAGACUCUCCGGAAGAGCAGCAAAGAUUUAUUACUCGUGCGGAAAAAGAUUAUAUCUUAAAGUCUUUAAAUGAAGAUAAUGAUUCCAAUCAUCAACAUGAUCAUCAUCAAAACCUACCAGUUCCUUGGGGACAAAUAUUUAAAUCUCGAGCUUUUUUAGCUAUUUUAAUUGCUCACUUCUGCAGUAAUUGUGGGUGGUAUAUGAUGCUAACUCAAUUACCAUCUUAUAUGAAGCAAGUGCUCAAUUUUAAUUUAAAAUCGAACGCUACUCUUUCUUCUUUGCCAUAUUUAUGCAUGUGGCUAUUCACAAUGGCACUCAGUAAAGUUCUCACAAUAAUGGAGCAAAAAAAACUAAUAUCGGUAACUUUGUCUAGAAAGAUUGGAACUUUUAUUUCAUCUGUUAUACCUCUGUGCUGCUUACUCAUAGUAGCAUUUGCUGGAACCGAUCGUACAAUUGCAGUAUCAUUUAUGACUCUAGGAGUAGCCUGUAUGGGAGGAAUGUACUCUGGUUUCUUAGCAAAUCAUAUUGACAUUGCUCCUAAUUUUGCUGGUACUCUUGUUGCUAUCACUAAUAGCUUUGCAACGAUACCAGGAAUUGCGGUGCCAUUAAUUGUAGGAUACAUCACAAAAUUAGAUCCCUCGAUCUCAACAUGGAGAAUGAUCUUUUUCGUAACAGCUGCUAUAUUCUUCGUAGAAAUUAUAGUCUACUGGAUCUUCGGUACUGCGAAACAACAACCCUGGAAUGAAGUACAAACAACAUUAGAAGGAUCUCGUGAUCAAACUUUACCUCUUCAAGAGAAAACUGAGAAGAAUGGAAAUUGAAAAAUCCUAAAAUACUACUUUAACUUUAACAUAAACUAAAUUUAAGUUAAUUAAAUUAAUUUAAAUAUAAA